AUAACAAUCCCCAAAUAUUUUUCUCACUCACCAUCUCAAUUCUCCUUCAAUUUCAGAACUUUCCCUUCAAAUUUCUCACUCUUUCACUUUCAUUCACAUGGCUCGUACCAAGCAAACUGCUCGCAAGUCCACCGGCGGCAAGGCGCCGAGGAAACAGCUGGCAACAAAAGCCGCCAGAAAAUCAGCUCCGGCGACCGGAGGAGUUAAGAAACCGCACAGGUUCCGGCCAGGAACCGUAGCUCUGAGAGAGAUCAGGAAGUACCAGAAGAGCACUGAGCUUCUGAUCCGCAAGCUUCCGUUCCAGCGCCUCGUCCGUGAGAUCGCGCAGGAUUUCAAGACCGAUCUCCGGUUUCAGAGCAGCGCCGUCUCCGCUCUCCAAGAAGCCGCGGAGGCUUACCUCGUCGGUCUCUUUGAGGACACUAACCUCUGCGCCAUUCAUGCUAAGAGAGUAACUAUUAUGCCUAAGGAUAUUCAACUUGCUCGCAGAAUCAGAGUUACUGCAUUUGGAAUGCGUUAGUAAGGGUGUAGAAAGAGGUCGUUUCGCAGUUGUCAUCGCGAUUCAGAGAAAGAUUUAGAUGAGAAAGAUAUUGUAAAAGGAGAAGGCUAUUCUUCAGGAGUUGGUUCCAAUGAUGUUAUUGACUUACAUGAAGAUGAAGAUGAAAAUUAAGUGUUUCGAAUUAUGUUUAUUUUGCUUUGGAUACUAUUUAUAAUUAUGUUUUUGAAUUUUGGAUUAUAUUUAUUCUCCUUUGAGACUACUUAUAAUUAUGUUUUUGAAUUUUGGAUUAUGUUUAUUUAUUUUGGAGACUAUUUA